CAGAAACGAAAAAUAAAAUUUGACAAGGAAAAUGGACUUAUUGAAAUACUUAAGGAAGACUUUGGUGAAGAAGAUAAAGGAACAUAUACUGCAAACCUAGUAGAUGGAAAAGCAUCAAACCAGUUCAGUGUUACCCUCACUGGGGAAGAUUUUGAUAACAUUUAUGACGAAUCCCAAAAGAAGAAGAAGGCAUGGAAAAAAAAAACAAGGACCGCAUUUUGAGGAGCAGAUGCAGUGGAAGGUCACAGAAGACUGUCAUGUUAUUAUGAUCUGUAAGGUGACAAACGCUAAAACAGAGACAACGCUCAAGUGGUCUGUGGACAAGAAACCACUUCCUAAUGGGCAAUUUGAUAACCAAACUGGGUCAGGGACACUUGUAAUUAAAAAGUUUACAAAUGAAGAUAAAGGACUUUACAAAGCUGUGGUAAAAGAUAGCAGGGGAGAGGACACAACUGAAUUGGAUCUUAUCAAUGAAGGGUUUGAAGAUAUAAUGAAAGAAAUUUGUAGAAUAAGUGCAUUGUCUGCCUCCCCACUGAAAUUUAAAGGUACAGCUGACGGAUUUAAGAUCUACAGCGAUGUGAAAUAUUUCAUGGAGAGCAUGAAUCCUGUGUGGCACCACAAAGAUAAAAAAUUAAGCAGUACAGAUCGACUUAAAUCAGGGAGCACAAUGCAGGUUUGGCUGCACAUUACAAAUCCUACAGAUUCGGAUCGGGGCCUGUACACGCUGGAACUGUUUGAUGGCAAGGACAUUCAUAAGCGAACUCUUGACCUGAGUGGUAAAGUAUUUGAUGAUUUAAUGGCAGAACAAGAGAAAUGCAAGGAAGAAGAAAUAAUAGAAAAAAAUCGAGCUAAAGUGGUCCGAGGCCUUCCAGAUCUGGCAACAAUAAUGGUAGACAAGACUUUGUGUUUGACAUGUCACAUAUCUGGAGACCCUGCUCCUGAAGUCUGCUGGCUAAAGAAUGAGAAGAAGAAAGUCAUAUUCAAAGAUCGGUAUAAACUUGAAGUGAAAGAUACUGUGGUAACUAUGACCAUAGAGAAAAUCUGUGCAGAAGAUUCAGGCCGGUAUUGUAUAACUGUGAAAAAUAAGUACGGAUCAGAGGUUGGGCAGGUGACAGUAAGUGUAUUUAAGCAUGGUGAAGAGCCGGAAGAACUGAAGGACGUAUUAGACAUAACUGCAAAUCUAGAGUCACUGAUGACGCCAUGA